AUGGGUCAUGGAUUGGGCACUUUGGCAGCCUUCGGCUGCGGCUGCACUUCUGGUGCCCUAGUGGGCAUCGGGAACCUAAAGCGUCACUACGAGGCAAGGCUGGUCAGGGAUGUCAGGGCAAGCUCUGCGGCCGCAGCCACCCCGUUCAUUGUGGAGGAGGAGUCCCAAUGGUUGCACAGUCUGCUGACUAUCCUGUGGCCGCGCAUCGACAAAUUCCUCAAAGAGUUGGUGCAGCAGGAGAUCCUUCCACAGAUUGACAAAGAGCUGCCACAGAUGUUCAAGGGAAGUGUGAGCUUUCCCAAG